ACAUUUGUAAUGUCUUGUCAUUUCAUUUUGGUUUUGUUGUUUUGGUUUUCUUUCAUGAAAUUGUAAACAAAAUUACAAAUUAUCGAAGUGUUUAAUAAAAAUUAUCAAAAGACAUACUUAAAUAAAAAUGAAAGUAUUCAUUAUCAGUAUUUUCUUUUAUAUUUUACAGUAUCAAUUAAACGUUUCAAUAGCAGAAUUGAAAUCAAAUAAAAACGAAAUCGUAAACCAUUUGGGCACACGUACACCGUAUAGAUUUAGAUUCAAUAAAAAUUAUGACAAAAUUAAGUAUUCAAAAUGCAAGGACUCAAAAAUCUGGAUGAUUGUGAGACAUGGAACCAGAUUACCAAGUGCUAAAGACAUAUUAGGAAUGAAUACUACACUCCAUGAACUAAAACAUCUCAUAAUAUUACAAAAUAAAUUGGGUAGAGGAGAUUUAAAUGAAGAGCAAGUGACAAAGUUCGAAAAAUGGUCAAGUAAUAUAAAUGUGGAAGAGGAGAAGUUUUUGACUCUAGAAGGUCAGGAUGAAAUGAUAUUACUGGCUGAGAGAACUCGAAAGCGUUUUCCCAAUGUGAUAAAAAAUAAAUAUGACAACAGUACUUUUUUGUUCCGUUUUACUGCAACUCAAAGAGCACAUCAGAGCGCAAGAUAUUUCACAAAGGGUUUAUUCACUCAAAAAGAUGCCCAGAAUGUUGUGUUUGCUCCAGCCACUAAAGUAGAUCAUAUUUUGAGGUUUUACAAACAUUGUGACAAGUGGCAAAAGCAAGUUAAACAAAAUCCAGAUACAUACAAGGAGCAAAAGAUAUUUGGCCGAAGUAUUGAAAUGAAUCACACUCUAGAUUCAGUAACAAAAAGAUUGGGCCUGAAUAGACCGCUCACAUUGGGUGAGGUGACUUUGAUGUACAAGGUGUGUGGCUAUGAAACCUCAUGGAAUAAGUUCACCAUAUCUCCGUGGUGCUCCGCUUUUGAUAAGAAUACUGUGGAGAUACUAGAAUAUUACCACGACCUUAAACACUAUUGGAUAGACGGCUAUGGUCAUAAUCUAACUUAUAGACAGGCAUGCUUAGCAUUGCAGACCAUGUUUAAAAUGUUUAGAUCUGACCGCGAGCCAUUUGCGACGUUCCUGUUCGCCCAUUCGGGCACCUUGCUAAAGAUUCUCACGCAUUUACAGCUGUUCAAACCAGAUCACCCUCUCACUGGCGAUGCAAUGGACAAGGGUAGAUCGUGGAAGGCUUCGUACAUAGACUGCUUUGCUAGCAACUUGGCAUUUGUGUUAUACAAGUGCAAAGAUGGUGAUCACGUUUUAACGCUUCAUCAAGAGAGACCUAUCAUACUGCCAAUGUGUGAUAAGGAACUAUGCCCAUUACAACAACUGGAGGAUUUCUUCUAUGAUACAAUACACAAAUGUGACUUCGCAGAUUUAUGCAAUCUAGAUAAAGAUGAAAAAGAUAAAAGUAGCCAGUGAAAUAUCUAAAGGAAAGUCUCGAAAUAAUGCUUUGUUGUGUUGUGACUUGUGAGCUAUGAACAAAUCAAACUUGUUUGAUAUUGCCUUGCCGAAAAUUUCUGCGCUUGUCAAUUACUUAUGUCAUAAAAAAUGUAAAUGGAAAUAAAAUUAUUAUGCACUGCUUUAGUC